AUGAUUGAUUUAUUUAAUUUAAAUUUUAGUGGUAUUUGUAUUGGAUGUAGUAUAUUAUAUGGUAAAGAUCAAUCAUCAUCCCAACAAUCGUUUUCAAAUUCUUAUGCAGCUACUUCAACUAUUCUUGAACUUAUGAUUAUUCAUCAUAAACAAUUAUUUACAAAUUCUUCUCAACAAGAACAAACGUCGAAAUCAUUUAAAUGUCAACCUGACCUUAUUCCAACUGAAUUUCAUUCCAAAAGUCAAAGUGUUUCAAAUGAAAAUUUAUUAGAUAUUCAAAGUACACCAGGAUAUCCUCAACCCGAAGGAACACAAUUAGAUCGUCCUGGAGCACCAUCACUUCUUAUAUCAACUUCACCAACAGUUCAACCACGACAAAAACUUUCCUUUCCAUUAUUAAAAACAAAUAAUGAACAAAAAUUUUCGACGACAAUUGAAGAUAAAACAAUUGAACAUGAAUCAACAACAGAUUUGUCAACAGAUUCAACAUCAACGAUAAAUGAUGGUGUUAAUGUUGGAAAAUCAAAUAAUAAUCGAAUAUCUUCUUUUAGGAAUAGCACAUUACCUUCAUCUGGGAUACAACUGAUUUCUAGUCUUUUAUCAUCCGGUGCUUAUUUUAUUAUUAUCAGUGACUUAUUUAAACUAAUUUCAUUAAUUAUUAUCUUUUCUUUUCAUUUCAUUUCGUUUCGUUUUUUUUUUCUUCUAUUUGAUCGAUUCUCUUCUAUACAUAUAUAUAUAUAUAUAAAUCAAUACAUUUCUACUGUUUAUAAUCAAAUGAAACAAACGAUUCACAGUUUUUUUUUUAAUUUAAAUCAUCAAUAAUAAUUGUUCUUUUAAUGAUAAAAUUUGUCAUUAUUAUAAGAUAUGAUCAUCAUUGAACAUGUUUAGGCUCAAUCAAUAAUUUAAAUAUUCUUCUUGUCGAAUUGUUUCUUUUUCAUAGAUCAAUAUUUUAAUUGAAUAUUUCACUUUUUAAACAUUUUUCAAGGGGUAAACAGCAGACUUGGAGUAGAAACGUACGUCAAAGUAACUUCUAGUUCAAACGUCUACCGUGUCUUUCUUGACAUUUUUAUUUAGAAUUUUUCUUUUAAUUAUUUAUUUUUAUCAAUAUUUCAAGGUUAUUUUAAACAAGUUUAAUUUUUACUUUCGAAAAGAUUGUCUCUUACUUUUACAUAAAUUAAUUUUCUACUGUAAAACAUAUUUAAAAAUCAGUCUUAUUCUCACAGAAUCAACAUGUAUUAUGAUCGAAACUUGAAAAAAGAGAACGAGAAUCGGUACAUCUUCAAUAAUAUUCAGAAGAGAUGCAGGAAAACUUAUCGUAUCCUACUGGAAAGUACCACUACCUGCCCGUACUUCUCGAUCUAGAUACGGAAAAAAUUUUCGUUUUAACUUUUUCAUGGUAGUUUUGUUGAAUCAAGAAUUCAUUUAUCAUUAUUAUACAAAUUGUCUUCAUUUUUUGCUUUAUAAAUACAAAUGUUUUCUUGAUAUUUAUUUGAAUAAUGUAAAAAUUUCAUCUAUAUUUAUUUUUCAAAACUAAAUAAUAUGCUUAUAUGAAUGAAUUUCCACUAUUUAGUACAAUUGGGAUUUUACAUCUAUGGGUGUAAUAACUUUCCUUUUUGUUCAAUGGCUCAGUUAGUUUUUUCAAUUUUUACUUUACUCUAAGUGUCUUAUACACAAAACAAAUUCCAGUCCAUUAGCCUGUACGAUCGAUGCUCUAAGAAAGAUACAUUUUAAAAACAAAAUGAUAUGCUUUUGCUGAUCUGUCGAAAGAAAAAGAAAUCUCUUGACUAUAUUGAAACAAGAAAACAGAGUGCAAAUAGUUCACUUUUUAUAGCAUUCAAUGCUCUAUCAAAAUAAGUA